AUGUAAGAAGUUCUUUUUAUAACUGAAAAUAAACAAAUAUUACCUACUUUAGAGAAAAUACAUCCUGAUUAAGCAAAAAAUAUGUAAGAACUUUGUAAAGAAAUGGAAGGUUUAAUAGAUUAAACUAACACAAAUGUUAAUCAAAUGUUAAAAUUUUAAUAAAACAACAUCCUAAAUGCUUUCAAACAAAUUUUGGAAACAAUGAAAAAAGAUAUAGAUCGAAUCAAUGAAAAAUUUCAUUAAUACGUUGCAUUUCAUGAAUAAGAAUCAUAAGUAAAAUAAUCGUUAUUAAAGCUUAAAGGUUGUCAAUGCUCAAAAUAAAAUGAUAUUUUUUAGAUAAGAAUGCCUUACAUUAAAUGAAUAAUGUAAACUAUUGAAGUAAAAUGUCUAAACACUUACAAAAACAAAUUAAUUUUUAGAAAAUGUAAUUUAUUUAAUCUAAAUAUAAGGAAUUAAUGUUCACCAAAGAAGCAUUAUUAAAAUAAGUAUAGAAAAAUGAAAAACUCAAAUAAAUUUUGAAAAAAUUAUAAGAAUAACUUAAUGAAUAUUCAGAUUUAAGAAACUAAAAUAUUAAAUUAUAAUCAACAGAACCAAAAAUUACUUAAGAAUUUUAUUAGUAAAUCUAAACUAGUGUAAAAAGAAACAAAAAUGAUUCUUUCCAUCGUAAGAACACAUCAUUUCAUUCAAUAGCUAAUUCAGAUACUAAAUCAAAAUUUAUUUUUUCAUAAUAAACAAGAGCAUAAAGUUUAUAAAAAAGUAUUUAAGCAAAAAGAUCUACAAUUUUUGAAACUAGUAUCUUAGAAAAACCUUAAUAAUAAAACCUAAUAUUUGAAUACUCUAGAUAUCAAUCUUUAAAAUAGGAUAUUGAUAAUAAUCAAUGA